GAAGGUAUUUGCAGACAGCCUAGUGGAUUAAGCUCGGGGCGAAAAUGUCCCGAGACUUCUCUGAUGCAUAUGCUUCCGAGUUUCUUUUUGUCCGUCUGUCUGUUGUAGCAACUGAGUAGCUGCUCCAACGGGAAGACGUGGUCGUGGAUACAGUGUUUUUUCAAUGCCUGAAAGCUGAUUUCCUCCUGAGCACAUCAGACUGUGAAAUAUGAAUACAGAUAUGCAGGUCGAGCUGGACUCGAUCGAGGCCGAGCUGGACACAGUGGAACUGCAGCUCGCAGAGAUCCUGCAGAAAAAGGCUGAGCUCACUUCUCGGAAGAAUGCCCUGCUGCAGCAGCUGGAGGAGGCCUGUGACACUGCACAGCCUUUGUCUUCUUCUGCCUCAAAGGCAUCUGAAGCCAAGCCAGCGAUGAGCAAGCAGGAAAUGCAACGAUAUGAUGGCACAGAUUUUCCAUGGUCCAGCAAUGUGGAGCAGCACCUGAAGGCCACAUUCCAUCUCUCUAACUUCAGACCUUUGCAGCUGAAAGCCAUCAACCUGACCAUGUCAGGCAAGGACCUGUUCCUGGUCAUGCCCACAGGAAGAGGGAAGAGUCUCUGCUAUCAGCUUCCUGCAAUCUGUUCUAAUGGCUUUACACUGGUCAUCACUCCACUUGUAUCCCUGAUGGAGGACCAGUUGAUGUACCUGAAGACUAUUGACGUGUCGGCAGUCAUGCUCAAUGCAUCCAGUAGCAGAGAGCAUGCUAAGAUGGUCAUGGCUGGAAUGACAGAUCCAAAGGCCCCCUUCAAGCUGGUGUACGUGACUCCAGAGAAAAUUGCUAAGAGCAAGCUCCUAAUGUCUCGUCUGGAGAAAGCCUACAAAGCAAACCUCCUGAAUCGUAUUGCUGUUGAUGAGGUGCACUGUUGCAGCCAAUGGGGUCAUGACUUCAGACCAGAUUAUAAGCUGCUAGGCAUCCUGAAGAGGCAGUUCCCCAAAGUGCCCCUCCUUGGCCUCACAGCCACAGCAACCAGUAGUGUCCUGAAAGACUGCGAGAAGAUCCUGUGUGUGCCACAGUCAAUCACACUCACUGCUUCCUUCAAUCGAACUAAUCUCUACUAUGAAGUUCGUAUAAAGGAUUCUGUCAGUGAAGCAUCAGUAAAUGACAUAGCUGCUCUGAUCAAGAGUAAAUACAAGGACCAAUCAGGAAUUGUGUAUGUAUUCUCUCAGAAGGAUGCAGAGUUGGUGUCAGCAGAACUCCAGAAAAGAGACAUCUUGGCAUAUCCUUACCAUGCAAACAUGGACUCUGAGGACAAGUCCCGGGUUCACCGCAAAUGGACCUCCAACAAAAUUCAGGUUGUGGUAGCCACUGUGGCAUUUGGCAUGGGCAUUGACAAGCCUGACGUCAGGUUUGUCAUCCACCACACCAUCAGCAAGUCCAUUGAGAACUACUACCAAGAGAGUGGACGGGCAGGUCGAGAUGACUCUCCGGCUGACUGCAUUGUCUAUUUCGGCUUCGCUGAUAUCUUCAGGAUCAGCACCAUGGUGGUGAUGGAGAAUGUUGGUCAGCAGAAAUUGCUACAGAUGGUAGAUUACUGCCAGAAUGUUAACAGGUGUCGGCGCUCUCUCAUGGCAGUUCACUUUGAUGAAGUGUGGGAUGAUGAAGGAUGCAACCAGAUGUGUGACACUUGCAGUCAAGCAAAAGAUUACCCCACUGUGGACAUUACCCAACAUGCCAGGCAAGUGGUGCAGAUUGUGGAGCUUGCAGCCUCCAUGGAUGAGAAACUGACCCCACUGAAACUGGUGGAUGCAUGGAUGGGGAAAGGCCCUGCAAAGCACAGGAAGAUGAUUCAGACCACCACGCUGUCUCGGCGACAGGCUGAAGUUGUGAUUGUUCACCUGCUCCUGCAGGGAUACCUCAGAGAGGAUUUCAGCUUCACACCUUACACCACCUACUUCUACAUGAAGCUGGGCCGCAAAGCUUCUCUGCUGAAGAACCCGACACACACACUGAGCGUGAAGAUGAGAGAUGCAGGGGCCGGAGCUGCUUUGGUAAAAGUCUCCAGUGGCAAGGGCAAAUCCAAAGAGGGAAAGAGAUCAGUUCAGAGCUGUGGAGAUGCCACUGUGUCCAAGAAAAUCAAGACACAUCUCCCAUAGCCCUCUCUCACCUGCCCAGAGGACAAGUUUACAAAGACACCUCAGCUGUUAAAGUGAAUGAAGAGGAUGUCAAUAUGACCUUAGACUCCACUG